CCAACUGUCAUGGCUGCCUCCUGUGAGAGAACAUGUCUGAAAACAGAGUAAACAGAAGUGUACACUUUUAAAUAUGUAAUGUUAGGGAAAAAAAAAGUUGGGGUUAAUGGGGGGAAAUAUACAGCUAUAUAGGGGAUGAGCACGCGAGAUCGACUUUUAUUUAUUUAAUGUAGCGUUAGCUAGCUAGUUAGCAUGGUUUUAUAAUUAAGUUAUAUGCAGCUUGCUAGCUUUGGUGACUUCUCCUCAUUGGCAGCUGAUGCUGAAUGGGACUAUGGCGCUAAUGUGUGCUGGUUCUCGUGUCCGAACCGGAGUUGUUCCUUGCUGCCGUUUGUUUUCCUCCGUAGCGAGAAGCAGAGACAGAGAAGCCCGAGACGAGGUGCCGCUGUUCCGCUAUGUCGGAGAGCGCAGGAAGCCCACUGAUAAAGUGUUCGUGUGGGGCUUCAGCUACACCGGAGCGCUCGGCAUUCCCAGCUUUGUGAUUCCUGACAGUGGCAGGAAAAAACCCAGAAAAUACCAGCUGACCCCUUACCGCCUCGAUACGGAACAAAAGAUCUUUUCAGCAGCCUGUGGUUACGGCUUCACAUUACUGGCAUCGAAUACCAAAGACGUCACCAAAGUGUGGGGUAUGGGUCUUAACAAAGACUCCCAGCUGGGCUUCCAACGCACCCAACAUGACCGGCAUAAAAGUUAUGACUAUGUCCUGGAGCCGUCCCCUGUAUCUCUGCCGCUGGCGAACCCUCAGGAGACGCGCGUCCUCCAGGUGUCCUGUGGUCGCGCUCACUCUUUAGUGCUCACAGACUCUGAAGGAGUGUUCAGCCUGGGUAAUAAUGCCUAUGGACAGUGUGGAAGGAAAAUCAUUGAGGAUGAAGUUUACAGUAGCAGCCAUCUUGUCCACAAGAUAGAAGGAUUUGAUAGUCGAGUUCUUCAGGUGGUGUGUGGGCAGGACCACAGUUUAUUCCUGACUGAAUCAGGCUGUGUGUAUGCCUGUGGCUGGGGGGCGGAUGGACAGACAGGUCUGGGCCAUCACAACAAGGCUGCAGUGCCUGUCCAAGUUGGUGGUGACCUGGAAGGGGUCAGAGUUCAGCAGGUGAGCACGUAUGGCGAUUGCAGCCUGGCUGUAUCCACGGACGGUCACGUCUUUGGCUGGGGCAACUCGGAGUACCUGCAACUCGCCUCGGUUACAGAAGCCGCACAGAUCAGCUCUCCACGGCUGCUUCCUCUGAAAGGAGUAGGUCGGGUGACGCAGGCGGCGUGUGGUGGAACUCAGGUCGCCGUACUCAACGAGGAUGGAGAAGUGUUCGUGUGGGGCUAUGGAAUCCUGGGAAAAGGGCCGAAUCUGGCUGAGUCGGAGAUCCCUGAGAAGGUGCCUGCGACGCUUUUUGGGAAGUCGGAGUUCAACCCGACGGUAAAAGUGUCUCAAAUCCGCUGCGGGCUCAGCCACUUUGCAGCCAUCACAGAUCGUGGCGAACUGUUUGUCUGGGGCAAGAAUGUGCGAGGAUGUCUUGGCAUCGGGAAACGGGAUGACCAAUAUUUUCCAUGGCGGGUGACUGUACCAGGUCAUAUGGUGGACGUUGCAUGUGGUGUGGAUCAUAUGGUGGCGCUGGUCAAAUCUCUCAUAUGAGCUCCAAGUCUUGUACUGAGCACUCCUCAAGCAAGAAACAGUGUGAGUGAGUAGGACACGCAACAUCUGGAAAGACACUCAAUACCAGGCCCUGAUCUGUGAUGGUAAGCUGUGAACAAGAGCAUCACCUGACGACCAGUGACCCUUUUUUUUUUUUGGGAGCGAUACAUUUUUAAAAAAGGACUUGUGUGUAAAGAUCCAUGAAUGUUGAAACCCAACAUUUGUUUCACUUGGCUUCAUUGUACAAUGACUCAAGGCUGUUCUGUAAUAAACUUGUCUGAAGAUCGUUAAACAUAAUGGAGAAGCAGCCAAAUGUGCAUCCGAGCAAAGCUGAUAUUAAAGGGGCAGUCAGUGAUUAAGGUUCACUGCUGCUCGUAUUUUAGAGCUGGCAAUAAAACAUCGGAGAAAAACCUCCAGGCUGUGUAGGACCCCAGGGGUAACAGGACUGAAAAAAAUAAAUUGAUAAUGUCAA